UCAGCUUGUGGUUUGAUUCUAGUCAACAUAGUCAUCCCCAUGGACUCAUUUCGUGCAUAUUAUUGGGCUACACAUUUUAGGCCAUACACUUUAUAUAUCGGGAUUCAUAUUUUAUUCUUGUAUUGUCUUUUCUAUUGCCCAUAAAAUCUUAUAAAUACGGGUCAGAGGCCAUUUUGGCGAUUUUUUUUUGCGGCAGAAGAGAAACAAUUCUUUUAUGUGGUGGACACUAACAAUGAAGUUCAAGAGCGUCGUUCUCUAGAUAUGGGUUCCUUUAGCUUGUUUCUUUAUCUCUCUCUUAACUUUUUCAUCAUACUUUUAUCAGCUAAAAUUUUGCAGUUUUGAGAGUAAGAUUCUGAUAGCAUUCAUGGACAAAUAUGGAUUCAACAUAUGUAUUUUUGCAUCUGCAUUCGCCUGGUUUAAAGACGAUUUGCCUCAUUUGAAUAGUUCUGCUUUGUUGUUUUCCUUUUUUGGUUUUAUAUUUGUUUGCUUUUUGUGUUUUUUAUAAAGUCAGCCUCCAUUUUUUUGACCCAAGAUGAUCCCAAUAAUCACUCAUUCUAUGUGGUCUGCAAUUUGAUAAGUUAGUGAUAGUUAUAAACCAAGUUAAGCCUGCUUAUUAAUAAUCAUAAACCCCAAUAGUUUAUGGGAAUCCCUAUAAUUUUGAUUUAUACUUUGAUGCGCCAUCUCCAGAUAGCAAGCUAUUUUUUUAUGAUGCCUUAUACAAGUAUGCCAGAGGUUUGUUCUUAUUGUGUUCCCUCUUGUUAUAUUUUGUAUUUAUAGCUUGAACAUCAUCAGAGAAUAAAGGUCUUCUUCAAUUGUUUAUUUUUGGUUUGAGACGGUGAUAACGGUAUGGUUAUCUCUAGUUAUGAUUUUUAAUUAUUGCAUCAUCAUUAAGAUGGUAAUGACCGUUGAACAUCAUUUGUAUUUUAGCUGGCAAUGCAUAUGAUGACAAUUCUUCCUGUUUAAUAUCCCUUCAGUUAGGUUAUUUUUUCACCCAUCAAUCCAUCAUCUGGAAGGUAAGAGUUCCAUGCAUUCAUGUUAUCUGUUUUGUUGGGUGGAUUAUGAUUGUUGUCCUUCCGUUUGAGAUAGAUCAUGAUUCUAGACAUCCUCCAUAAGAUGAAUACUUUUGAGUUCUAAAACUCGUAUUAGUGGCCUCCUGUAGGAUGACGCCAUUGCAUUGAGAUGAUGACGCAAAUGACAAAAUUUCAAUUGGAGAUUUGAUCCACUUUGUAUUAGUUUGGCACUUUGGCAACAGUAUGCAAGAGUUUGCACUAUAUGAUUUGUUGUUGUUCGGUAACCCCUUCAGAGAUUUCUCAUCUCUGAUGGCUCAUUGCCUUUUGAUAGCUCUGUGGUAACACGAGAGUGAUAAGAAAUCAAUGCAACAUUUGGGGGUAGAACUUUCAAAGAUUUAUCUCCAUGAAUUUGUUGUACUAUCUCUUGAGGUAGGGACCUCGAGUGUUUGAAUUUAUCAAGUUUUGUAGUCUUAGGGAAAUUGAUUGUUUGACAUGCCGAUCAACAUAACAUUCACUUGCAUGUGCAGAAAAUUUUGAAGGUUUUCUAGUACUAUUGAUUGAUAAUGUUUUAAGGUUUAGGAUUUCUAAUGCGAUGUAGUAUGAGGUGCAUAAAUGAAUGCAACAUGCAUGUAAAGUUUUAUUGGGUACAAACUCUUAACUAUAUCAACUAUGCGUUUUCACAUACCAUCCUUUUAUCAUUAUAAUUUCUUAUGCCAUGGGUCCCACGAGAGUUUGUUUGUCCUUUAUAAAUACGGGGGGUGAUGUUUCAUUUCUCACAUCCCUUGUGUAUAUUUGAGUUCAUUAUUGUGAGUUCUUGAGGGUUUUAAGUAUAGCGGUGAGGCCGUAUUCAUAUUUUUAGUGAACUUGUAAUUGUUUUACAAUCUGCUGUAAGUCCUAUAUUUUUAAUUCAUCAUUUCAGCUUUUUAUUCUUUUGGAGGUGCUUGCAUUGCAUUUUAUAAUUACUCUAUUUAGCUACAUUUUGCUCAUUUUAGGCUUCUUGUUUGCAUCUCUUUAAAGUUAGAUCAAUCUAAAUUCUGUUAGUCUCUAGCCCUCUCGACAUCUCUCCCACAUAAGAGGAAUCUACAAUGAGUCUGAGGCUUGCUCAUCAUGCUAAUAAAUAAGUGUAUGGUCGAAGUCCCAUGACAUCACGAUCAAAAUUUUCACAAAUACUACCAUGCUAAGAAAGGCUCAUAUGGGAUACAUGUACGAUAGAAUUGGUAAUAAUAUGUAAAAUUUUCUACUACGCUACAAAAAACAUGUAUAAAAUUUUUAUCCGUUGCUUAUGAGUUUUCCCCCGCUAUGUUAAGAAAAUAAUGUAGGAGUUUAGCUUGUCACGCCAAAUACACCACAAAUGGGGUUUUAGUUAUUACUCGCCACAUUGUAAAUGUCAUUGUCGAGUUUCUCCUUCUAUUCUAAGAAAAGCAUGCACAAGUUUUAGUCACUACACUAAAUGAGUCGCUAACUGAAUUUUGAGGAUUUACUCGAUGUAUCACAAACAUUGCCAACAAGUUCCCCUGCCACGCUAAGAAAAGCAUAUAUGAGUUUCACUCGUCACACUAAAUGUGUCGCUAACAGUAUUUUAUGAGUUUGUGGAUUGUUGUAUUUUAUACUUGUGCGCACAAAGGUGUUGAUUAGUUUGACAACAAAACAGUGAGUUUGCUAGGAAAAACAACAUGAGAUUUUUUUUAGUAUUUUAUUUUUUAAAAUUUUUUAGAGAUCUUGAUUGAUGCUUGUCUUUUAAGAGAAAGAAAGAGAGAUUGGGAGUUUGAAUGUUUGAGAGAGAAAGAGAGGUUUCUCUCAGUUUAAAGAGAGAAAGUGAGAGGAGAUACACUAGACAAAAAAAUAACUCUCUGUCUAGAGAGGGAAAUAGAGGCGUAACUGAGAAACUAGAGAGAGAAAGUGAAGGGAAGAGAGAGCAGGUUAGGAGGAGAGAUGUCUUCCCUUCUUUAGAGAGAGAAAGAGAGGGAGAGAGAGUAGGAGGUAGAAGUGAAGCUUGGUCAGGGGAAGGAGCUAGGUUGGCCGGCGGUUGGUUGAGCUAGGGUUCUGUUGGGUGGCGUCGGUAGCUAGCGAUGCAUGGAGAGGAAGAGGAAUAGGUGUUGGUGGUUGGGGAGGCAUUGGCUUGGAGUGAGGUUUGGGCGACUGGUGUUAUGAGUGGAAAGGGAAAUGCUAUGAUAGGCUUGAGGUGAUGGACUAGUAUUGGUGAUAAAGAGAAAGAGGGCUUGUGCUUGCGUGAGAUAGAGGCGAGAGAGGGAAGAUGUGGUUGUAUAGGAAAGUGAGGAGGUGAGUUAGUUUAGGUAUAUAUUGUAAUUUUUUGUUUAUUUAUUUUUUAAUUAAAUUAAUAUAUAAAAUAGGUGUCCUAUUGUUGCACUAAAAGGACAUAGUACAUUUUAUCCAAAUAUUCCAAAUUUAACAAAAUUUGAUUUAGUAUUAUUAAUUAUUGAUUUAAAGAUAUGUAUAUUUUUAAGAAUUAAAGUAUAAAUUUUAAUUAAAUUUAAUUUUAAAUAAUAAUAAUAAAUAUAUAUUUAUUUUAAUUGUGCAUUGAUUCAUUUAUCAAGUUUUCAUCGUUCAUGCAUGUCGAACUUCAUUAUCGUUUUGUGCAUGUGGGUCAUUUUUUUGCAUUCUAUUGUGUAGGAACUUGGACAAUAUGAGUAUCCUUUUCUAAUAAUUUUGAUGUUAUGAACCCAAUAGUAUGGUCUCUUUCACAAACCAAGAUGCUCGGACGAUUUAGUGUAGUGUACAUAUGUAGCAUUUCAUUUUUUAUUGCAUUCAAUCAAAUCAAACAUGAUGGGUAUUUUCUUGAUAAUUUCGAUGUUCCCAAUGUAAUGACAAUAUCUAUUUCACGAAUGGGUGAAGUUUUGGGUGAUUUCACCUAAUUUCAUGUUCGUAGUCCGUCGCUUUUGACCACAUUCGACCGAGUCCUGCAUGAACGACGCAUCUUUGACAAUUUUAGUUUUUUGAAUGUGUUGGCAUAAUCAAUUUUAUAAACGGACAAAGUUGAGGUGAUAUGUGCAACAUCGAGGUGUUUUACUGUUUUGUACAUAUUUCACACGGCGUCGCAUGAGCCAACCAAUAUUCUUGUCUCACUUGCUUGAAUCGAUCGUUAAACACAUUUGAUGGUCGACAAGAACCAAUGAACCUGCAGGAAGGCUUUCUAGCUGUUGAAGCACUAAACAAUUCCGCCAAAUCACUGAUAUCCUGCAAUAGAGGCCUUCCAUUCCUGUUGGAUUCGGUUAGUCACAGGGGUAACAUAACAAUUCCACUGCAUUAUAUAAAACCAUGAAUUCCUCAUCUCUUAAUUUCAAUAGGUGCUAGUCUUUUUAAUUUAACCAUUAAAUCUAAGUCUGAUUCUCUAUUAAAACUUAAAAUAAUAUACACAAUUUAUUCAAUGAUUUAUGAUUUUUUAUUUGUUUAACAAAUAUGUUGCAAUCCCUUGAAGUAUAUUUUGCUGUCAUUUCACGUAAUUAUGCUAAAUAUUUUAGAAGGUAAAUUUUUAUAACUAAUGUGACAAUCGUUUGUGAUUAGAAGCCUAAUUGCCUAUCUACUAGUUAUUGUUGGAAACCAGGAUAGUAUACGAUAUAUGGUAUUUGCUAAUGACAUUGCUAUUAUUAUGGAAAUAUAUAUGCCAAAAUAUUCUUAUAGUAUUUCUAUGUGUGAUUGUUCCAGUCAUAAUUAAUAAUACAUUUAGUUGUACUAAACUAAAGCUGUUGUAGGGCCAAACUACAACAUUUUUGAAAUCAUCCAUGCAAACUUGUGGAGUCCUUUGGUAAGGAUAGUUGAACAAAUUUCUCAUACAUAGCUGAUAAUUAGUUUAUAUAGAUUUUCUAAUGUUCUAAUCACCUUCUUGGAUUAUAGUAGCAUCUUUCAGCAGAUUUAGUAAUUCUUGUGUUCGGCUUGUUUGUUUCUGUUGAUCAUUAUACAAGCAAAAUAAUUCUUAGUAUUAUUUAAUUCGAUGAAUAAUACUUUUAUAUACAAGCAAAAUAAUUCUUAGUGCUGUAAAUUUUUUUUUUUAUGAAUGAUACUUCUAUAUAUUCACCCCUUGAAUUUUAUGAGAUAUGUCUCAAACCUUAAGCCCGAGGCAAUGUACUGGAUACCCAAAGCUGUUGCUAAGAGACCUGCGAGCACAUGCUUGGAGAUAACUCAUUGAACUGCCUUUCAAAUACUGCAUAUUGCGUUUAUUAUCUAUUAUAAUGCGCAUACCCAAGGUGUUUAUAUUCUACAACAAUAUUGUUGCAGACUAGCCUAUACAAUCUACUGUUGAUAAGAUAGAACGUGAAGCAAUACAUGUAUUUUACAAAUACAACAUAUAAAUUCAGGACUUAAAGACCUAUUAUAUUAAGCAUACUUAAGGCAUCUGUGCUGCAGAAUAAUCAAUAACGUAUCAUUUGGCUUACACAAUCUAUUUUUCAUAAGAAGAAAAAUGAAGCUAUACAUCUAGCUGUGAAAUACAACUCAAUAGUCUUUCAAAUGCCAGGUUAAAGCCUAACACCUAUUAUAAUGCACAAACUUAAGGCUUUCGUAUGCCACAAUAAGCAUUAUUGUGGUGUAGUAAAAUGGAACAAUGAAGCCAUGUUUGUGCUUCACUGAUACAAAUCAUAGGGCCAACUUUUGAAGACCUCAAAUCCUGUCAAAAGCAAACGACAUCUAUCCUUCAACUGAAUUUCAGAGCUCCCUACCCCAAAUGGGAAGCUAUUAACCAAGAAAAAGAACUAUUAGGGCAAGGCGGCAAGCUGUCCUGAAUGUUAAGAAACACAGUCCCAUAAGCCUUCAAGUGCAUAUUAAAUAACGAGAAUGUUUAUGCGUCUUAUGAUAUACCGAGCAAUGGCAUUAGGCAGUAAUUUCUGUGUUUGCCUUGGGUUGUUUAUUUCAGUGCCAAACAUUGGCAGUGAAUUAAAGUUUGGUUUGACGCAAAGUCUUCUAGAUGUUUCUUUUACAUUCAACUGGCCCAUAACAUUUGAUUUUUAUUUUUAGACAUUUGACUUAGGGAUGUGUAGUUCACCCAGAUAUUUGCAAAGUAAUUGCGCUACCAUAUUUUUAGGUGGAAAGUGCUCGCAGAUGCUGAAAUUUUAUAGCAACCUAGCAAGUUGCAUGCUGCAAUACGGAUUUGCUGGAUCAAAAUGGUUCUUGAUUUCCUAUGCAUGUUUUGUAUGGUCUGGUAGCUUUGUCAUGCAUCUUACUGAUUUUUUUAAUGAAUUGCAGUUAACUGUACCACAAAGGUUCUUCCUACAUUUCUAUGUCAUUGCUGUACUUUUGACAACUAGCUUAGUCCUUUCUACAUGGUUCUACGCAUAUAAAAAGAUGACACCAUUAGCUAGCGAACCAUUACAAUUCUCUACAAUUGCUAGCCACUUGACUGGUGGUUCGCAUAUGCUUUCCAUUCACAAAAGUACAACAUUUCCAAUGAAGCGCAGAUUUGAGGUUUGGAAAAUUGUGCUUGUUCUUCUGAUGAUGGAAGCACAGGCCUUGAGGCGUUUGUAUGAGACACUUUAUGUGUUUAAUUAUGGUCCUUCUGCACGCAUGCAUGUACUUGGAUACCUGGCUGGUUUGUUCUUCUACACUGCAGCACCACUUUCUGUUGGAAGUACAUGUGCCGUAGAUGCAAUCAACUACGUAGGUAGUCAAAUAGUUGAAUUUAUUGUCAAUGGUCGGUCUCGGAUGCCAGAUGUGGAGUUCUUUCAUUGGGAACCAUUGAAACCGCUUUUUUAUUUGGGAUGGUGCCAGUGGUUUGGAGCUGCUCUGUUUGUUUGGGGCUCGAUACACCAGCUUCGCUGUCAUGCAAUUCUUGGCUCUUUACGAGAGCAGAGAGGAGCUGAUGAAUACAUAAUCCCAAAUGGUGACUGGUUUGAAUAUGUUUCAUGCCCACAUUACCUUGGUGAAAUAGUCAUUUAUGCUGGUAUAUUACUUGCUAGUGGAGGAUUCGACCCAACAGUUUGGCUCCUUUUCUUCUUUGUGGUAUCUAAUCUUGUUUUUGCAGCAGCAGAAACACAUAGGUGGUACCACCAGAAGUUUGAAAGUUACCCUCCUUCGCGGAAGGCUAUAAUACCAUGGAUUUAUUAAGUAUACCAUCUAAUUACAGUGUUGCUAAGAAAUAUAGAGUUCAGGUGAUUCAAAUUCAUGAAAGAAGGCUACAAACAUUCAAAUACUGAAGGGGAAAUUUCAAAUUUAUUCUUAUUGUUCUUAUCAAACUUAAAUCUAUUCCCCCCACCCUGUUGUAGCAGAUUUGUAAGUAAGAAUUUAAUUUGAAUAAUAUUUACUUUAAUCUUUGUAUCUAUUUUCAGUACUCAGAAAACUGUAGCUAAUCAAGCCCUGUCCAACAUUUGGAGUUUAUAUGAAUGACAAAAGGAUUUCAGGUAAUGUUGUUUAA